AUGCGCUGCAGCUUGGCCAAAAAUUGUUUAGACCCCCAAGCUCCAUUACUAACACCAGGACACUGGCGCAUAGAACGAUCAGAGAACCGUGCCCAACGACCUCGCUACCGAGCUCUUGCAACGGCCGUCGAUGACUUCAAACUCGACAAUUCUGUUUACGGCAACUUCCCGGCAUCCCCCAUGGGAGCGUUUCAGUCUCCUCUCCGACCCUACGAUUUGUCUCCGUUCGACCCUUCCUCUCCCCUCACGAUACCCGAGGCACCCGCCACCUCCCCGGUCCAGACUAAAAUCAGCCCCCACGGCAUCCCUGGAGAAGCAGACGACAUGCUUUUAGUCUUUGAUGCCUGCAUCAGAGUUGGGAAGCUGGACCGUGCCGCUCUGGUCCUGAAACGGAUGAACUUGUACCAGAGUCUUUCUCCCGAGGAGCGCAUCCUCCUUCACAACCAGUACCUGAGGGCCUCACUGGUGCAGCUGAGAGCGAGCCCAGAUCGACGACGGGCUGAACAGCUUCACAAAUUUUACGAAAUGAAUAUUCGCAACAAAGGCCUGCCUCAGACAGCCGAGACUGUCGCCUGCAUGCUCAAGGCGUCCAUACUCUCCGAACGUGGCGCACGGCUGACUCGCCUUAUCACGCGUUACAUGGGGAUGGCCCCAGGCGAGUCUGGAUUACGUGUUCUGAGCAUGGCCGAGAUUUUAAGCGACCAAGAUCUUGCUGUCAUUACUGCCCAAUGCCCAACAUACAACUAUUCUGCCGAGCCAGAGUUUGAGGACGAUAUUAUUGAUGAGGCUGCCACGGAUGAUGCAUACCUGACACCGACGGAAACGACUCAAAUUUCUCCCUCAUCAGGCGCUGGAGCUACACCCGAACUCGUACCAACCCCUCAGCGAGGCGAUUCGCUGACUGCCCUGAGGGACGGCCUGAAGCUGGUUUCGAACCUUGAGGCCUUUGACGCGUCAAACCUCUCCAAGGACGAUUUGCAUAGCUUGCAGCUCCAACUUGAACGUGAUUCGAUCAGUGCUGCUGUCAAUAAAUGGAGGAACCAAAACAAGCAGCUGCAAAAGGUUGGAAUCACGACUGGCCUGAGUGGACCUAAUAAGGAAGGCUCCCUGGCUAGCUACACAUCGUCAUGGCUCAGUGCUAUGGAGAUACGCAUACAGGAUGAGAUUGCGCAGGUUGAAGUAUCGGAAGGCAAGGAGGUCAAGUCGGAAAGGGACAUCGAACGAUGUAUUUUCGGCCCCUUCAUUCGACAAGCAGACCCUGCGCGACUGGCCGCGGUUACCAUUCUCAGCACGCUUAACGCUGGUACUCUGCUUGGAGUCGACAAGGGCAUUGCAAUCCAGAAAAUCAUCAAUACUGUCGCCAAACAAGCGCACGAAGACAUUGAACUUCAGAAAAAGGAAAAAAAGACGGUCCGGCGCCGCAAGGUCACAUACGAUGCCUCCAAAGCGAACCUUGACGAGGUCGAUUCUGCGUCACAGAUUACAGAAAGCAAAGAAGCUGUCAAGCGGAUCGAGGAAUCUACCAGCCAGCCAUGGUCAACGCAAAUCAAGGCUCAAGUCGGAGCCUUCCUCGUCAAAGCCCUUCUUGACUCAGCAAAGGUCAAGGUCAUCACACAACACCCUACAACUGGAGAGCUGGUCAGCCAGUACCAACCCGCCUUCACCCACAUUCAGCAGCCACGCAAAGGCAAGAAGGUUGGUAUGCUCAUCAUGCACAACACCCUCGUCGAACAGCUCAAGCGUGAGCCACUAGGCGAUUUUCUUGCCAAGCACCUGCCGAUGAUUGUCGAGCCGAAGCCUUGGAAGAACAUGAAUGAUGGCGGUUUUCUUGAGAGCAAGACUAGCGUCAUUCGAGUCCAGCCCGGCAACGUUGAACAACGACUCUAUGCCAAAGCUGCUGUGGAAUGUGGUGACAUGAAGCAAGUUUUCAAGGGCCUUGAUGUUCUUGGCCAGACGGCAUGGCGGAUCAAUCGUGAUGUGUUGAACGUCAUGAUGGAGGCUUGGAAUUCAGGCGAAGAAAUCGCCAACAUGCCAGCUUUGGAACCAACAUUCGACAUGCCCGCUGAGCCUGACUCGACGGUUAACCCUGCUCUACACAAGAAAUGGAUUCGCGACAUCAAGGCCAUUGAAAACGAGCGCUCUGGCUUACAUUCGCAGCGAUGCUACAUGAAUCUGCAGUUGGAAAUCGCGCGAGCGUUCCGAAACCAGACCAUUUACUUCCCACAUAACGUCGAUUACCGUGGCCGUGCUUAUCCCAUGCCUACGUAUCUGAACCAUAUGGGUGCCGACCACGCACGAGCUGUGCUAUCAUUUUCAAAGGGCAAACCUCUAGGCGAAGCAGGUCUACGAUGGCUGAAGAUUCAUUUUGCCAAUGUCUACGGCCUCGACAAGGCCAGCUUUGAAGAGCGUGAAGCCUUUGCAAACGAAAGCGUUGAUAAGAUCGUCGAAACUGUGACCAACCCACUCAACGGAAGUCGCUGGUGGCUCAAGGCCGAGGAUCCAUGGCAAUGCCUUGCAGCUUGCUUUGAGCUCAAGGGAGCGCUCGACAUGGAGGACCCAACCACUUACAUCUCUCAUCUCCCAAUCCAGCAGGACGGUACUUGCAACGGUCUGCAGCACUAUGCUGCCCUGGGUGGUGAUACGUGGGGCGCAAGACAAGUCAACCUGGAGCCAGGCGACCGGCCUGCUGAUGUUUAUUCAGCUGUCGCUGACCUAGUCAAGCAGGCCAUAGCCAAGGACGCUGCAGCAAAUAACAAGUUUGGUGUUGUGCUUGACGGCAAGAUCACUCGAAAGGUGGUCAAGCAGACAGUCAUGACCAACGUGUAUGGCGUUACAUUUGCUGGUGCCAAGAAGCAGGUUUGCAAGCAAAUUGAUGCCUUGUAUCCCGACCUGGGCAAACAGUGCGGAAUUCCGAACCUGAUGCUGUCGACAUAUAUCGCCCGACACGUAUUCACUGCCCUUGCAACUAUGUUCCGUGGUGCUCACGAUAUUCAGUAUUGGCUUGGCGAGAUUGGUGGACGCGUCUGCCGGGCUCUGACGCCUGCUCAGCUGCAGCAUAUCGCUGACGAGUAUUCGAAUGGGUCGGCUAGCACCAAGACAGGCAAGGCAGGCAAGGUCUCCAAAGCAGGGAAAUCGGGCUUCGACGAAUUGACUAAACAAUUUCGUUCCACGGUGGUCUGGACGACGCCGCUUCGUAUGCCUGUCGCUCAGCCGUACCGCAAGACGACUGCCAAAGAAAUCCGAACCUGCCUCCAAUCUCUUGCAUACCACUCUAGCGACUCUACCGACCCCGUCAAUAGGAGGAAGCAGCUCCAAGGCUUCCCACCCAACUUCAUUCACUCCCUCGACGCUAGCCAUAUGCUUCUCUCUGCGCUCGAGUGCCACGAUCGUGGCCUUGACUUCGCAGCUGUCCACGAUUCCUUCUGGACCCACGCCGCUGACGUCAAUGUCAUGAAUGAGGUCAUCCGUGAUUCGUUCAUCAAGAUUCACGAGGAAGAUGUCAUUGGACGUUUGGCUGCCGAGUUUGAGACACGACACAAGGGAUCUCUGUUUCUGUCUCAAAUCGAUGCUGCAUCGCCAGUUGCCAAGAAGAUCAAAGCUCUGAGGAAAAAGAGCAACCUCUCUCCAAGAGAAGAACUCCUCCUCGAGCACAAGCGGAAUUCCUUGCGUCUUUCUGGCAAUCCAUGGGAUUUGGAAGCCGCCAAACAAAUCAUUACGCCUGCUGCCGUGUACGAGGAAAUGGCCGGCGCAGAGCCCGACUUGGGCAUCGCAGAAGAUAUCCGUGACAUUGGCCUUGGCGAAAUCUCGGCUGAAGAUGCCGCGGCUGAUGCGAAUGAAAACAAGAGAGCGCUUGCGGAAGAAGGCUCAGAUUCCGCUGUUGAAUCUGAGCUGAAGCGAUCCCAUGCGCUUCUCAACGAGAUGGACGGCUCCGCUUUCGAGAAUGCAGCCCUCCGUGACCGACCUAACACAAAAGCCAAAGCGGCCAACAAGAAGCGACUACCAGUUCCCGUCUGGCUUCCGCUGACGAUUCCCGACAUUCCCAAGAAAGGCGACUUCGAUGUCAGCCGCCUGCGAGGAAGUCGAUACUUCUUUUCUUGA